AUUGUGCAGAAGACGAAGAAAGAGCCACUAUGUACAAAAAAUCUUUUGAUCUCAAUUAUUUUUCUUAACUCUUAACAUUUGUAUCCCCAUAAAAUUAUUAAAUUAAUAACUCGUAAAAUUGGCUUUGAAAAUUGUUAUCUUAUCUGGGGUGAUAAAUUUAGCUUAGUAGAAUAUUGUUCAAUGGAUAAACAAAGAUAAAUAAUCUUUCUCUCUACUUUUCACACUCCCUAUUCUUUUCCUGUUCGCCGUCGUCGUCGCUACUCGCUCGUCGUCGUUUUCGUAGUUGUCGUUCAAUAAAUCGGUCACGCAUUCACUUUCAGGCAGUGGUAGGAGGAACAUUAACAUUCAUUUUCAUUAGUUGAUAGUUGCUCUUGCUCUGUUCUUCAAACACACAAAAAGACCCAAGAAGAAAAAAAUCUAUGUGCGUUCUUUCUGGAAUCCAAAACCAAGACAAGACCACUAAAUAAAUUCAGUAGCGCAUCAAAGUGUUCCAAAUUGAAAUUAUGAAUUAUGAGGCAACAGAAGAUCACCCUGACAUAAAAUAAUUCAUACACCUUUGGUGUGUCCUUUGCAAAGGAAAACUAUUUAGAAAGAAAAAUAACAAACAAAAAAUGCACUGGACAGUGAGAUUAGAUGGAGGACCAAGGCGGGUGAAUCAUGCAGCUGUUAGUGUCGGCGAAUUCAUUUAUUCAUUCGGUGGCUAUUGUACGGGCGGUGACUACAAAAUCUAUGAAUCCAUUGAUGUUCAUAUUUUGAACACCAACACUUUACGCUGGUCUCUGGUGCCAACGAAAAAAGAUGAGGAUGGUCUUCCGUUGAAGUAUCCAGAAGUGCCAUAUCAAAGAUAUGGCCACACAGCUGUUGCGUACAAUGAGAAAAUUUACCUUUGGGGUGGCCGCAACGAUGAAAAUCUAUGCAAUGUUCUGUAUUGCUUCGAUCCCAAGACUCUCAGUUGGUCUCGGCCAUCAGUGACCGGAGCUAUUCCGGGUGCCCGUGAUGGUCAUUCAGCAUGUGUUUAUGGCAACUACAUGUACAUUUUCGGAGGCUUCGAAGAUGAUAUAAACGAAUUCUCCUGUGAUGUCCACAGCUUGAAUUUCGAUACAAUGGAAUGGAAAUAUAAUCAAACAUUCGGAAUAGCUCCAUCGUUUCGUGAUUUCCAUUCGACCGCCGCCAUUCACGAUCGAAUGUAUAUAUUUGGAGGGAGAGGGGAUAAACACAGCCCGUAUCAUAGUCUCGAAGAAAUGUACUGCCCAGAGAUUGUCUAUUUAGACUUAAAGACUAAAGUAUGGCAUCGACCGUCGACAACAGGCAAAGUGCCAGUUGGAAGAAGAAGUCAUUCUAUGUUUAUCUACAAUGGACUGAUUUAUGUUUUUGGUGGAUAUAAUGGACUUUUGGAUCAGCAUUUUAACGAUAUGUAUACGUUCGACACGAAAACGAAUCUAUGGAAUUUAGUUAAACCAAGGGGUAAGGCCCCAUCUGCACGUCGAAGACAAGUUUGUCUAGUCAAAGGAAAUCGCAUGUUCUUGUUUGGAGGAACAAGUCCUUACAACUUUUUACCGGAUCUUCCACCACUCAUAGAUAAUAAUGACACUCACGUUUUGGACUUUGAUCCAAGUCUUAAAACAUUAGCAUUGUUAAAAGUUGUUGAGCAUCGAAUCGAUACAUCGUGGCUACCGAAAGAAUUACGAUGGGAAAUCCGUUCGAUGACUUUGCCCAAUUCAAUAAGUAGGCCAAUUAAUCACGCCGGUUAGGAAGAUAAAAAUAUUUGGUAAAGCCAAAAAAUAAGAUAGUUUGGUCAGUAGUUUGUUUGAGUAGUUAUUUGUUGAUCAUACAAGUGAAAAAUAUGUGUCAACAUCGAUUGAAAUUAUAUCUUUCACUGUAUUCGAUUCAUAUCAAUCAUUUUCACAUUGUUUUUGAACUUAAAUUUAUGUAAUCUUAUCCGCGUUAAUAUAUUGACAGACAGACAAUAUUUACUUGAAAUAAAUAAGGAGUAUAUGGUUUGUGCCAUUUGAAUCAACGAUCCAGUAUACGAAGUUAUAAUUUAUAUAUUUAUUGGUCUUGGAACUGAUGUAUAAACAUUUUAAAAUUAAUGUUUCCACAAACCACCGCCAAGGCCAAUAAAAAAAUUCAAAAUGAGUAUAUCAUAGAUUAAUUCCGUAACCAACAUAUUUCUACAGAAAAGUGUGUAGGUACUCGAACUAAGGUAAAGCAAACACUUCUACUGACUUAACUUUAAAAAGAAAACAGUGACACAAAGACAGAAUGAUCGCUAAACCAUAACAAAGCUCCAAUUCUGCCCAUUACAAAUGUAAAACAAAACUUUACACUCGCCACAUAUGUACGUAAACAUGUAUACCUAUUUUUCAAUUGAUGAUUAUUAUUUUGCAUAAUUAAAAAGAUGUACGCACUAAAGAAAAAACCUUAAAUACAGUAAGCUUGCUCUGUGUUUCAAUUAGUUGCACAGAGUAAAGCCAUUUAAACAAAUAUAAAAGUAUACAAAAUAAUAUAUUAUAUAUUAUAAAAAGAAGCAAAUGUACGACCCUUUAUAUAGAAAAUAAAAUCGUCUUUGUAGCCCCUCACAAAACAAAUGAGGGCUCUAUAUACAUAAUUUGUAUCAUUGUACUACAUCUUAAAAUUUUGCAUUGAAUUGAUUCAGUAAAUUGUUGUGUUCUUAAGUAAGAUUUAAAUUUAAGUUUAAGUAAAAAAUUAACAAUUU